UCUAAAUAAAUAGCUGACCCAAAGUUGCUUCGUCCAUUCACGCCACGCUAUUCGUGAAAGGAAGUAAUUGUAAAAAAAAAAAAAAAAAAAAAAGAGUCGGUAAUUUCCUGACUGCAGUGUAAAUCCGUGUCAUGGGUUUAUUUUGUAGCUCAGCCCAGAUGAAGAUGAUUUUCUGCGUUAUAGCGGCUCUGUUUGCUCUGACUGUAGCCAAUACAGCAGCCUCGGAUAAUAAAAAUCUCCUGCUCAGGCUGAACCAGGAUCUGCUUCGUUCCACCGAAAAUCAGGAGUCUCUUCCCAACCCGAGCAUCCACAUCGCCCUGCGCCUCUCCACCCAGCAUAACCUGAUCAAAGAGGGCCAGUACCUCAACCAGCUCAAGACCAAGUUCCAUGAGGACAUUCAGAGCACUUUGAACACGGGGAAGCCUGUGGUGGGCCGCCUCGCCCUCUAUGUGUUGGCGUUAAAAGCUUCCUGCCAUGACCUGAGCAAUGUAUCACUGUUGACGGGUGAGAAGAGCGAACCACUGCUCACACACCUGAAGAAACAGAUGGAGUUGGAGAAGGAGCACAUUGCAAUCAGCGAUCGUCCCCUGACCAACUACUACCAGUACUCUCUGGGCAUUCUGGCUCUGUGUGUAAGCGGAGUGAGAGUGAGCUCUCAUGUCAGCCACAAGCUCACCCAUGCCGCCCUGCACAGCACAUUCAAUCACGGCGACUCCGAAAGUGUGGACACCCUUGCGAUAGCAGGCAUAGCUCUGCAGUGUCUGAAAGAAGCUGAAACCCCGGUUAAAAACAAGAAGGAGUUGGAGAAGGCUCUGGCCACCAUCAAACAGAAGAUUGUGGACUCGGAGCGAGCCGACGGACACUUGGGCAAUGAGUUCAGCACCGGCCUGGCUGUGCAGGCUUUACUGGCGUUGGGCAACAAUGUAGAUGAGUGUUCUAAGUUUAUGAAGGCUCUGUGGACUGAUGUCAAAAAAGGUACCUACCACAAUCCCAUGGCAAUCUCUCAAACCCUUCCUGCUCUCCAGAAACGCUCGUACCUCCACCUGAAGAACAAGGAAUGUCUCAACGAGGACGAUACGCUCGUUCUGGACCCGGUUCCAGUCGUCCUGCCGACCCUGACGAACGUUCUUGUGCUGGUGGAGUUGGAGGUGGUGAAAGCAGAUGGCUCGUCCCUCAAUUAUCAGAUCAACGUUCCCAACGGCACCUCACUCCUCGAGACUCUCACACUGCUCCAGCAGCAGCAGGCGAACUUCAAGUUUGAGAAGGAGGACAGUCUGUGGGGGCCGUUCCUUAGUGUAGUGAACGGAGAACAGGCACGACAGACCGACCGGAGAUACUGGCAUCUUGCUUCAAACGGACAAGGACUGACUCAGGGCAUAAAGGACUAUAAGGUUGAAGCAGCUCAGAAGAUCACCAUCAAGAACACCGGCUACUGAUCUGGGUCCAAAAUGAGACAAGGGAAUCUUUAAUGAGAAUAAUACUAGUAACUUUUUAGUGCUCGUCUAUCUUUUUUAAUGGAUGUUUAACAUCAGGUUGUUCCGACCCACUAAUCCGAUUGGUUCGAGCAGCGAUCAAAGAGUGCUGGGACAUUUCACCGUGUGUAUCACGCGGCUUGUCUGUGUUCACUACGUACAAUUCCAAUAUUCUAGCAAUAGUUAAUUACACUGAAACUGUUACUACCCUUACUAUCAGUCAGUUACCAUCGCGUUACUAUGGUGUUACCAUGGCAGCACUCUAUAUCCAGCUGUGGCUUCUUUGGGAACUAUUUUUCUUGGCGAAGCAAAAAUAAACAAAAUACUUGGC